AUGGCCCCCCCGCCCAACCUCUCACGCCAGGAGGUCCAGGACAUCUUCGAUGAAGCCCAGCUAAGGGCUGGCGAUCUUUACCAGGACGUACCGUAUCUACAGAUAUUCCUUCAAGAAAAUCAUUGUCGAGCUCUGGAGAAUUGUAACCUUCAAGAUGCUGACUUGACAAGGGAAAUGUACAGUGCCCUCAUCUUUGAGCGGCAAACGUUCGAUGCUUUCAACAGGCAUCGUUUGGGGCAUGACGAGGUCGAAUACAAGGAAGAGGAGAACAUUCCUGAGCAGGUAGAGUUCUUCCCCUUGCGUUGUGCCGUCGUAAACCGCGGUGUGGAGGUUGUCGCGAAACCUAUUUUCCAAUUGGAGGGCACUGUCGGGGGUAACCAAGUGGACAGUGGGCGGGCACAUGUGCCGUCCAAGAAUCCCGAUCAAUUGGGUGAUCCUACCAGUCCCCCGUUAUCCCCGCAACUACCAACUAGCCCUCAGAAGACUGGAUCCUCGGGAGGCUACAACAAGCUGCGAGGUGCACCGUCUGCAUGGCUCGCUCUUCCUGACGGCAACAUCACCCUCGCAGAGGUUAUGGCAUUCGUACCGCAGUCCAUUAAAUCCGUGGAUGUGAUUAACCGUUUCCUCUUCAAUGGCGCCAUGACAACAACUCUCACUGACAUGAUCAACAACUACCGGGUCAUGGGCAAUGGUGCCAUUACCAACAACAGCGCCUAUCGCAUGAUGAAGGGCCAAAUCAAUCAUCACGCGCAGACACACCAGGAGUAUGAGAACUGGUCCGUGGCCAAACAUACCCAAUUGCCACGCCCCGAGGACUUCGACCCAACCAGUGUCAGCGUGACAGGCUUUGCCACGCCUGUGAUCCUGAGCGGCCGCGAAGCGCAACAGGCCGCUAACGAACCCACUCCGACCAUCUUGUUCCGCGAUCUGGCCAACGACGUCAAGGUCAUGCCGUCUGGAUACGAUGCGCUGGACCUCACGCGCUGUGUCCAACACUGUGUGGAGAACGACGACGAGGAUUGGUACUAUCCUCAACACUUUGCCGAUCUCGUUGAGCAUUUGGGUGGCCCAGCCCCUGUCCACCGCAAGCAUGCAGACACAGCUUCUGUCACUCGGCAUACAGAGGGCAAGAAGCUUGUCAAUGCCAAGCGUGCUGGGGCUCGAGCGCGCGAUGAACAUGGUCGUCUGAUGAAGGGGAAGGGCAAGGCUGUCAUCAAUCCCGACGAGGACGAACAGGUCAACGUGAAUGGCCAUGAUGAGCCCGGUUCCGAGAAGGAUGUGGCGGGCUCUUCUCUGCGACACCCGCAACCCAACAAGCGCAAGCGUGGUCCCGCUGUCCCGGUUUCUGACGAAGAGGACAACGAGGACAACGACUCAGACAAGCCACCCCCAGAAGAAGACCAAGCGCACCACCACGCGCAACAAGCGCAAGCGCAAGCGCAAGCCAAAAAGCUUCCGACGAUGAAGACGCAGCCGCCCCUUCAAAGCGGACUACUCAACGCAAGAAGAAGCCGCUGA